AUGGCCGACCAAAAUUCCCAGCCUUUCGCUUCACCCUCAACACCUUCAACAACCCAAAUAUCCAUGCGAGAGGCAGCAUUCCUUGCUUCCAGUCGCCGUCUUGCCGCCCAACCACAGACCGUUCUUAGAGUCGCCAAAAGACCUCAGCGAAAUCCUUUAGCUGCCAGGCCGUUCCAGUUCAAAAGGGGCAAAGUGCUAAAAGCACCCCACUCCCAACACCAGCAAUCUUCACUGAAAGUGAGAAGAAAAGACAGGAUGACAAAGAGCUGGGGUUGUAAACCAACCACUGCCUACGGAGGAGGUGACGGUGGAAGUGACAGAAGAAAUGGUGGAAGAGGAACGAGGAGAAGCACUCUAGCUUUAGAGGAUCCUAAGGAGACUGUCAACGUAGACUCCUAUGAAGGACCCUCCAGAGUUGUGUUAGAGGAAGUUGCGGCAGAAAAGCAGUCGGAGGUGGUUGAGGAAAAGAAGAAGAAAAAGAAGAGCAAAGGAAAGAAGAUCGGAGAAGGUGAGCCAUCCCAUCAUCGCAAAGCAGAGAAAAAGAAUAAAGAGAAGGAGAAUGAAGAAGAUGAGGAGGCCAAACUGAGGAAGAGGAAAGAGAGGGGAGAAAGGAAAGAGCGCAGGCGUGAGGAAAGGCGCCUGAGGAAGGAAGAAGAAAAGAAGAAGAGGGCUGCGAGCCUAGAGAUGGACGGUGCAUCCACCUCCGUGAGGAAGGACAGGGGGAAUCAGCACAACUUAGGGAGCCAGUGUAACCUGAAACAACGUAAUUGGUUGCAACUGACGAAGGAGAAUAAGGAGAUGUUACCCACCUGA